AUGUAUCGAUUCGGUGUUCGUCGAUAUGCCUCAACAUUUUCUCUUCGAUAUACAACUCAAAAUGAGCCAGUACUCGAGUAUCGACGAGGUAGCAAGGAGAUACAACAAGUCCAAGCUGCUCUCGAUGAAUAUAAAUCAAAAGUUACACGCAUUCCAUGUAUUGUCGAUGGGGAGGAAGUCUGGACGAAACAUGUUCAAAAACAAGUCCUUCCAUUCGACCAUAAGCAUGUCUUAGCAGAGUAUUGCUAUGCAGAUGGGGCGCUCCUUCAAAAGGCAAUCAACAGUGCAGUUAAGAAUCAAUACAAAUGGGAUCUGAUGCCAAUUGAACAACGUGCAAAUAUCUUUCUCAAGGCUGCUGACCUCGCUGCUGAUUUUAAAUGGCGUUCUCGUUUACUUGCAACAACCAUGCUUGGUCAGGGCAAAACUGUAUUUCAAGCUGAAAUUGAUGCAGCUUGCGAAUUAAUCGAUUUUUGGCGUUUCAAUGCACAACAUCUUGCAUCGGCUCUGGCUUAUCAACCGAUCAGUACUCGAGAUUCAGAUAAUAUUUAUAGCCAUCGAGGACUCGAAGGUUUCGUUGCAGCCAUCUCGCCGUUCAAUUUCACUGCGAUCGGUGGCAAUCUUGCUUCAGCGCCAGCUCUAAUGGGUAAUACCGUUCUAUGGAAACCAUCCGACACAGCUUUAUUAUCCAACUAUGUCGUCUAUCGAAUCUUGGAAGAAGCAGGUCUUCCCCCUGGUAUUAUUCAAUUUGUACCUUCCCAAGGUGAAGAAUUCGGUAGAAAGAUUACUCAAUCACCCAAUCUUGCAGCAAUUACAUUUACUGGUAGUACUAAAACUUUCAAGACUUUAUGGAAAUGGAUAGCAGAUAACUUGGAUAAUUAUCGAACAUUUCCGCGUUUAGUCGGUGAAUGCGGUGGUAAAAACUUUCAUUUGGUCCACCCAACCGCAGAUUUAACUACAGUUGUCUAUGGAACAAUACGUUCAGCUUUCGAAUACAGUGGACAAAAAUGUUCAGCUUGUUCACGUAUCUAUAUGCCGCGUUCGUUAUCAAAAGAAUUCUUUUCGCAAAUGAAAACAAUCAUGUCUAAACAGUUACGUAUUGAUACACCUUUGAAAUUCGAGACAUUUACAUCAGCAGUGAUCGAUCGUGCAUCGUUCAAUCGUAUAAAGGCCUACAUCGAUCAUGCCCGAUCAUCUUCGUCAACGAAAAUUCUAGUCGGUGGCGAAUACGAUGAUUCAGUCGGAUAUUAUGUUCAACCUACAUUAAUUGAAACCACAGAUCCAAAAGAUAAACUAAUGAAAGAAGAAAUCUUCGGUCCUGUAGUCACAGUUUACGUUUAUGAUGAUAAUAAAUUUGAUGAAACAGUGGAUUUAGUGAAUGAUACAUCGAACUACGCUCUAACUGGAUCGAUUUUCUGUCAAGACAAACAAAUUCUCGAACAAACUCGCCAGCGCUUAGUCAACGCUGCUGGUAAUCUUUAUUUAAACGAUAAAUCAACUGGCUCGAUUGUUAAUCAACAGCCCUUCGGUGGUGCACGUCUGUCCGGUACCAACGAUAAAGCUGGUGGACCACACUAUAUUUUCCGAUUUUCAUCUCCUUUAGCUAUAAAGAAUAUGAAAGAUCCAUUGAAAACAUUCAAACAUGUUUCUAUGGAAUGA